AUGGAGAGAACUGAGAAACGAGAAAGAGACAGUCUUAGUGUUUACUUCACAGGAGUCAGAAGAUCUAGAUUAAGUGCUAUAAAAUUGUGCUCCUAUUUAGAAUCAAGAGGAAGGAUGGAAGAUCUUAGUUUCGUCCCGGAUCUCCCGAAGGGGCCCCUAGACGUGUAUAGAAAUACCGCCUCCUUUAACUGGAAGCGACUUAAAUUGGCCCUUGAAGGCGAUAUUGAUUCACUAAAAUUAAAGUACAAGAUAUGGCGUACAUUGGAGAAGGAUCCCCUGUUUGCACAUUCCCCGGUAUCAUUACCCGUUGAAGAACAGAAGAGAAUCACUCAGCUUCAGUUAAAGAAGAUCAAUGAAUACAAGUUCAUACCCAAAGAAAUGUUCAACGCUAGCUACAGUAAACGGACUCGAACCAUAAUGACUAUAAACGAGGCGGUCCAAUCUCUAAACCCGAGCGUCUCCGUGAAGAUGGCCAUCGGUAUAUAUUUGUUCUCCAACGCGCUGCUCUCACUAGGCACGGAGAGACAUCUGAAGUUCUACGAAGCAACUAUUAAAACGCGAGAGAUCCUAGCAAGUUUUGCUCUAACCGAAGUUGCCCACGGGUCGGACGCCCGUCUAAUGCGGACCACAGCGACCUACGACCCUUCCACCAAGGAAUUCGUGAUCCACACACCGGACUUCGAAGCAGCCAAAUGCUGGGUUGGUAAUCUAGGUAGGACGUGCACACACACGCUGUUAUUCGCCCAGCUGAUCACACCAGAUGGAACCAACCACGGCCUGCACGGUUUCAUGGUGCCCAUACGGAACCCGGACACGUUGGAGACAUACCCCGGACUCAUAGUAGGGGACAUGGGAGAGAAGAUUGGAGUCAAUGGUAUUGAUAACGGGUUCAUAAUGUUCAAUCAGUACCGUAUACCGCGGGAGAACCUGCUGAACAGAACCGCUGACGUCACAGAGGAUGGCACCUACGAGAGUUCCUUCUCAGAACCUUCCAGAAUACUUGGAGCGGCUCUGGAGAACCUGUCCGCUGGUCGUAUCGGUAUUAUGCAGGAGAGCUGUCACUCUCUAUCCAGCGCCGUGUCUAUAGCUGUGAGGUACGCGGCCUCCAGGACACAGUUCGGAGACAGACAGAAAGAAACACCGCUCAUCGAGUACGAACUACACCAAUGGCGUCUGUUCGGCCACGUGGCGGCUGCGGUCGUGUUCAGACUGUAUAUAGAGAGCUUCACCAAGACAUACCUCGAGAUAGCUGAGAAAUCUAACGCGGGACACAGGGUCGACAACUUGAGCGAGACGGUGUCAGAGAUCCACGCGAUGGUGUCGUGCAGCAAGCCGCUGUUGACGUGGAGCGUGCUGAGGGCCGCGCAGCAGUGUAGGGAGGCGUGCGGCGGACACGGCUACCUUAAGUGUUCGAACCUGGGCGACAUUCGCAGCAACCACGAGCCGACAGUGACGUACGAGGGAGACAACAACGUGCUGUCGCAGCAGGCGGGCAACUGGCUGCUGAGACAGUACGAGGCGGCGCGGGGAGGGGGGGUCCCCGACACGCCGCUGGGGACGCUCGCCUUCCUCACGGACGGGGAGGGGAUGAACAGAACCUUCAGCUGCACCAGCACCGACCAGCUCAAGAACCCCGACUUCAUACUAUCGACAUACAAGUGGCUGUUGACCUGGAUGUUGAAGUACACGCAUGAGAAGAACGAGUCUGAACUAGCAAAGGGUCUGACGAAGGUGCAGGCGAGGAACAGGUCGCAGGUGUAUCGCUGGAGGACGCUCACUAAAGUGUACGCGGAGUACCUCACGCUCAUGAUAUCUGUAGAGAGCAUACAGCGAAAGGAACCGGGGCUGAGGCCGGUGUUGAUGAAAUUAUACUGUCUGUAUGGACUCAGUGUGUUGGAUGAGAACUUAGUGGAGCUGUAUCAGGGAGGGUUCGCUCGCGGCGGGGACUGCGCGCGGCUUGUAAGGGACGCUGUGCUGGAGUUAUGCGCGGAGCUCAAGGGAGAGAUGGUGAGCGUGGUGGACGCACUCGCGCCUACUGACUUUGUGCUCAACUCUGUAUUGGGCAGCAGCGACGGAAAGGUAAAUUUACAUUAUGAGGUCUUGUACCAGAACCUCCAGAAGUCGUUCUUCAGUCAGCCUGGCGUGUUCGAGCGCGCCCCCUGGUGGCGUGAGGUGGUCCCCUCCUCCAAACUAUAA